GUUUGACCUGCCAGAUGCCGAUUUCCUUGCCGACAUGAUGCAUCCCAAGGUCGCUCAGGUGGUGGCUGUCAAUCGCUGUGUCUCUUCGGUCUAUGCAUACUACAGCCGUACGGAUGGGCAGAGCAUGCGCGCAGCAGAAACCCACAUUGGCCAAGAGCACAUGCGAACAUCGGAGAGCCACGGGGUGUCCGUGACCGUGAAGAAGUAUGUGGCCAGGGAAAGUCGCAUGCAUGCCGACGAAUGGGUGGUGCUCAAGACUGCCAAAGCCAGCACGGUGGAUGAGUUUCUGAGAAGUCCUUGGUACAAGCGCGUCUUCGUGCUGGUACGUGCUAUGCACCCGUGGAUCACCAUGCAGUAUGUGAGCUUAUUCAGGUCGCAUGCAGUCCGCGCCGCGCUCAUCAUUCUCAAGCUGGUGUCAGCGGGUGCCGUCAAUGCUCUCUUCUUCAUCAGCACUUCCACAACGCCCGACUCAGACUCAGCAUGCGCACCGCCGCAAAACUUCGGAGAGCGUAUGUUGCGCGCAGCCAUAGUCG